AGACUGUGACUUCAGUACCAGCUGUUCACAUUGUGGCAGCCAUCUUAAUUUAUGAGAAUGAGGGUGGCAACAUUUGUCUCGGUGCUGCUGGUCACCGCUGACAUCCUUCCAUCAGCUGCACAAACGCCAUUCAAAAAAUCAGUUGGCAAAAACGAAACGCUAUGGAAGGCAAAGGGAAUGCUGGGCCAGGUGCUGGAGGAGGCAGUCCUCGUGCACUGCUCGACUGUUGUCAUUGGUGACGGAACAACUUCCUCCCAUUCCUUUCGUCGAGUACUCCGAUCAGAGAGCCACGCGACAAGCGGGUCGGUACUGUUUGAAGUGGCAAUUGACGCUGGAAACGUCACUCGGCUGCUCUUGCCUCGUGUGGUGGCCCAAGCUCGACGCGUGCGCUUCCUCUCCAAGUGCGUGACGGUGGUGGUUGUGAGCGACGAUCCCGUCUUCCUCGCUGCCUUCGCGGAGGAGUCAGACAGGGGUCGCCUGAUGAUAUGGGAGACGAAAUUGUUAGUGGUCACCAGGCUGGACAUGCUAAGAGUGGAGGAUCUGCUUCAGGAUUAUUGGACCUUCUCUAUGAUGAACACCAUGUUCCUCACUCCGAAGUACUGGGAAAAAGAGAGGUGGCAGGUGCUUUCGUACUUGCCCUACACCCCGGAAGGAUCACAAAUCAUAAGCGUUGCCAAGGAAAACUCUAUGGACGACUUGGCGAUCGCCGAGGGUUACACGCUCUUCCCUGAAAAAUACAAAAAUUUCCAUAGAAUGCCAGUCAACAUGAGCGUGUACCCCAUCCCGCCCCACUGGAACCAGAUUUACCGAUUAGGACCAGAUGGAAGCCGCGUCACAGUUGUAACGGGGCGAGAUUACUUGAUCGCAAAGGCUGUCUCUGAUGUCCUAAACUUCUCUAUGGAUCUUCUUCCUUACGAAGGCUGGGAUCGUGUGAGUUGAGACUACUUAACGAAAGCAAAUGACGUUACAGUAACAAGACUUCACAAGUUUGCCUUUAACUUGACACGUGUUUGCCUUUAACUUGAAUGU